AUGCCGCAGUGGGUCGGCACACUGGAGCCCACCCGCAGGUCUCUGGUGUGGGAAGGUGACUGGAGGACAGAUAUUUUCAUGGCUUCGUUGAAAGAGAUGGACAAAGGCAACUCUGUGAAGCUUGUCCUGACUGUCAAUGGACAGCUGCUCCGAGGUGUCUCCAGCAGUACACCCGCCCACCUCUUCCUCAUCCCGGAGACCACCCAGUCACCAGUGCUCCCAGCAGAUGAUAUGCCCCUUGGCCAGGAUCUGGUGGAUCCUACUGCGGCACCAUCUGGCGAGGUGGAACCCAGAGAGUCCUGGAGGAAGAGUCCUGUCCACCCCAAGAAGCCGAGGAAAGUUUUAUUUGAACCUACAGCAUCCGAGAGAGAUCUUGAUGAAGAAGAUCUGGCGGUGGAGGAGUUGCAAGGCAGUCCCAGCCCACGGUGGUGCCAUGCCAUGUGCCUCAGUGACCUGGGGACAGCUGUUCUCAUCGGUGGAGAAGGUGUCAAUCAGCAGUCCUGCAAGGAUGCACUCUGGAAGCUGGAAAUUGACAGUGAUUUCUGGCUUCCAGUGGGUUUCCAGCUACAAAAUGCCAAGCCAUUGUGCUUGCAUGGUCACACAGCCACCUACGACCCAGACACCAAGCGUAUCUACAUCUUUGGGGGCAUAAGGGAGGACAAAGACUACAGCAGCAUCUACAUUCUGGACACAGUCACCUGGAAAUGGCUUCUUGUGGCUGCCAAAGGGAGGAUGCCAGUGCUCACCUACCACAGUGCAACUAUCUACCGCAAAGAGCUCUUUGUUUUUGGAGGGACUUUCCCCAAAAAGGCAUCAGUUGCAGUUGGACCCUGCAGCAAUGUCCUCUAUGUCUUCAAUCCAGAGCAUGAAAUUUGGUAUCAGCCCAUCUCAGAAGGGGAGAGGCCUCUGCCCAGGCUUGGGCAUUCAGCUACUCUACUGAAGAACAAGUUGCUGAUUUUUGCGGGUCAGAGGACUUCUCUCUACCUCAGCGACAUGCACAUCCUGGAUCUGGGUUUCAUGGAGUACACACCAGUGCCUCUCCUUGCAGGACAGCCUUCUGCACGCAGUUUUCACGCAGCUCUGGCUGUGUCGGACCAGAAAGUUCUGAUCAGUGGAGGCUGCAAUGCCAAGGGAGCCCUGCAGGAUGCCUUUGUCUUCAACCUAGCUGGCCACACAUUGCUUGACCUGACUCCUGCCCACCUGAUGGAUGUGGACAAGGAGAACAAAGAGGAACAUAACCUGCACACAGUGUUGGUCUUUGGGGGCUCCAACUGCACCGGGACCUUUUAUAACAGCAUAGUCAAGAUCCAGCUGGACCUAGGAUAA